AUUUUUGUUGUACACUGUAAGCUUCAUAAGGUGAUUUUUUUUUACUCAUAGGCCGACAUAAUAAGUGGAAAAGAGAAUACCGAUUAAGAUAGUAUUAGGUAGCUUCAACUAACCCGAAUAUUUUCUUCAAAGCUUAUUUACGACGUUUCUCAUUGUCUAUGCGAUAGAUACGCAUCCCGAGAGAUACAUACGGUAUAAAGCUUUUAGUGACAAAUGUAUAGUAAAAAUGAAGGAAAACGCGGUACUUAAGUGGCAAAAAGUCUACAAUCCCACCGGCCCGCAACCACGACCUCGACAUGGCCAUCGCGCGGUCGCCAUAAAAGAUUUGAUGAUAGUUUUUGGCGGCGGAAACGAAGGGAUUGUUCAUGAGCUGCACGUCUUCAAUACCACAACGAACCAAUGGUUUGUUCCUGUUACGAAAGGUGAAGUGCCCCCAGGAUGCGCUGCUUAUGGCUUCGUGGUGGAUGGCACGAGGCUGCUGGUGUUUGGCGGCAUGGUGGAGUACGGCAAGUAUUCUAAUGAUUUAUAUGAACUGCAAGCUUCACGAUGGGAGUGGAAACGUCUCAAACCACUACCCCCCAAACAAGGUAUUCCGCCUUGCCCUCGCUUAGGACACAGUUUCACUCUCCUCAAUGGGAAAGUAUACCUUUUCGGCGGGCUAGCCAACGAAAGCGAUGAUCCCAAAAACAACAUACCCAGAUACCUUAAUGACUUGUAUACCCUUGAAUUGUAUCCUAACUCAUCAAUGACUGUUUGGGACAUUCCUCUUACAUAUGGCCAAUCACCACCUCCCCGUGAGUCUCAUAGUGGUGUGGCUUACACAGAUAAAAAUACUGGAAAAUCGUCAUUAAUUAUAUAUGGAGGUAUGAGUGGUUCACGACUUGGUGAUUUAUGGAUACUCGAUGUAGAUAGUAUGUCUUGGUCUAGACCAGAGGUGGGAGGUCCAGCACCAUUGCCUCGUUCACUUCACACUGCCACUGUCAUCGGACAUCAUAUGUAUGUUUAUGGAGGUUGGGUACCACUCGUACCUGAUGAAUCUAAACUUGCCACCCAUGAAAAAGAAUGGAAAUGUACUAAUACACUGGCUUCACUUAAUUUGGAGAACAUGACUUGGGAUAAUAUUGCUUUGGAUAAGUUUGAAGAAUGUGUACCCCGAGCCCGAGCUGGACACAGUGCAGUCGCAAUACAAACAAGACUUUACAUCUGGUCAGGAAGAGAUGGCUAUAGGAAAACUUGGAACAAUCAAAUCUGUUGCAAGGAUUUAUGGUAUCUGGAAGUUGGAGUACCACCACAAGCCGGCAGGGUUGCACUGGUACGUGCUGGCACUACUUCUUUAGAACUCUGCUGGCCUGCUAUGAAUACUAUCACUACAUAUGUCCUACAAGUACAGAAAUGUGGAAAAGUGACACCUGCCCGCUUCCCGACGGCUGCGGAGCCCGUGGCAGCGCCACCGCCUGCCUCCCCUGCUGCAACGCAACCUGAUGCUGCCAAAGCCUUUGGACUCACAUCGCCUAUAGCUACUGGUCUGCCACCCAAUCCGACGGAUCUGCCUGUCCGCCCUGUUGCCGCGGCGGCCUCGCCUAUUAUCACACCUAUAGUAUCUACACCUCAGAAGAUUAUACCAGGCUCCAUCAAAGUACCAGCACAAUCACCUGCGGUCAAAAUUACUCCAAACACACCUACUUUGAAACAAACUACUUACCAAGGUAAAACUAUUGUUAAGUCACCGGCGGCUGCGGGAUCCUCGCAGCAAAUUAAAGUCGCCGCUGUUACGCCGCAGGGCGUCACAAGGAUAGUAAGCGGUGUUGGCACACCUGGUACUGUGAGGGUGUCCACUGCACAAUCAAAUACUCAGAUAGUGCUUAGCUCUGGAACGGCUGGUGCAGGAACACCGCGGUUUGUGCAAGUCAAGACCGGCGCUAGUGGAGCUGUACCAGUCAAAUUAGGCGCCGGAAACGUGCCUGUCAAGCUCACCAGUGGUGCUGUGCCUCUCAAGAUUGGCACGGCCAACAUUCAAGGUAAAAUCACUACAAACAGCGUACAGAAAGUCGGAACUACAAAUGUUCCCUUAAAACUAGGUGCUGGCAAUGUUAAAAUCGGAACUAGCAACGUAUUGGUGAAGACAGCAGGUGGUGUGCCAAUACAGGCGGGAGUCGCCAAUCUUCAGACCAAAGUGGCCACAGGUGUUCCUGUUAAGUUAGGAGCGGGCAAUCUGCCCGUCAUAGCUAGUAGCGGUGGAGCGAUACAAAUCGCCGGUGGCACGCUCGGGGGUCAACAAGUGAAAACACCCGUUUACAAAAUAGUCACUGCAAAAUCUGGUGAACAAACUGCUACAGUAGCUACAACGUCGGUGGCGGCGGGUGGCGCUACAGUGUUGCGACAAGCCGGUAGCAACGCCGGCAUACCCGUCAUCAUCAAAAAGACUCCGGGUGCAAACGCCCAAGCGAGCAACGCUCCCCAAUAUGUGACUUUAGUGAAGACGUCGACAGGUAUGACCGUGGCGACUGUCCCUAAGGUUGCAAUGGUGCAAAACCGACCUGCUGUGCCAGCGACUGCAGCACAAGGUCAGAACAUCGCACCAGGAGCAACCAUCGUGAAACUGGUGUCGGCAAACACUGUCGGCGGUAAUAAAAUCAUCACACUGCCCUCUAAUGUACUACAGCUCGGCAAAUCGGGUGUCGGCGGCAAGCAGACGAUAGUAAUUACGAAGUCACCGAGCCAGGCGGCACAGUCGAACCAGCAGCAAUGAGCCAGCCUCCUCAGACUGCGGGAAGAGUUUUCAGUGUCCUUAAAACGAGACCAGACUGCCUAGUUUGCACCGAGAUGUGUGUGGUGGUGCCAGACACCAUUGUGUAUGAUUUUGUGAAUGCAUCUGCAGUGGUCACUUGUAAAUUGAUUGUGAACAAUUGAGUGGAACGGACAGUAGUAUAUUUUAAAUCGUAAUUAUAUAGUAUAUGAGUUUUUGUAUGUUAUAUGGGUCUGUAGAAAGUGUCUUGAUAGAGUUUUUACUAAAAUAUUUUAUUUACUCUCUUAAAUUUAUUAUUAUUAUAAAAUAUCUAAUUUACACACUGAAUUGAAUGUAUCCAUAAUCUGUCUCUGUGUUCAUCCGAUAGAAUGUAUUGAACUAUACUGAAAGUAUUUAUUUUGCAAAUUAUAUUUGUAGUCGCAUAAUUAUGCCUUGUCUCAAUUUUGACAAACUUAAUCUAAAGUGCCUGUUGUGCAAAUGUAAUAUGAGAUUGAAUGGACAAACCAACUUAAAAAAAAUAAUUUUAAAUUAAAUUUUAACAAUCUUUAUUAGAAACUGAGAAUGCCUCACUGUAGAGAUUUUUUUUAAUUUCUUAAUUCCUGUUUUUACCUUUAUGUUUUGUAUUACAAUUUGUAUGUGUCCUUUUUUUACUGUAUGGCAAGUGUUAGUUAUUAUAAAUUGAACAUAUUAAUUGAAUGUAAUCUCAGUUUAAGCUUGUAACAAUAGGAAAGUUUGUUGUAAUUGAAUUUAAUGUUUAGUCUUCCGCGCUGAAUUUCAAAGAGUUCAUCGUUGAUUAACAGUUAUGCUAACAGAUUGUUGGCCAAAUGACAGGACAGUGUGUACUAUAUUAGAUGUACAAUUAAAGAUACAUUAUUAAGAAACCGAUGGUUCUAUUGGCCCAGAUUUUAUGAUGAAGUCUAGUCUACAUAGUGGGCGUUGGCCAUUAGAAACAUUGUGCAUGGCUUUAUUUCCUAGUUUUAGUUGAUUUCAAAUAUGCACUAUUUAAGUUUUCUAUGACGAGCCAUUGUUAAUGUUGUCAUGUGGCGUUGAUUGUUUGUGCCCCUCCCCCCUUCGCCCCCACUGGACCGGUCGUUUGACUAUCAAGUUAUGUCCUAUUAACAUCUUUAAUGUAGCCCUGUUAUCAGUAUUCACCGGUCCCUACCACGCGCCGCGGCCGGUCCUCUCUCGAGCGGGUUGUCUGCUGUCUAGUCUACCAAAUGACCAAAAUUAUCAUUUCUGAUAGACUGAUUUGAAAAUUUAGUAUGCUAAUGAGGAACGUGGACAGUGGCCCCGCUGUAAGUGACCGUUUUCUGUGACAAACUGUGCUUACAAUAAUUAUGUACUGUGUAUUAGUGACAGUGAAAUUGUUGUGCCUACUUUUAAAAUCUCGUUGUGUUAAUGACCCCACAUGAGCGGCGUGAGCGUAGCUUAUGGUCUAUUCCAGUACUAUGACAAUUCGAUUGAUAAUUGAAUAUUAUCAACAAUAAGAAUGUUCCCUUAACAAUUAAUUGACGUAAAAAUGCAUAAUACUGUUUUGUGUGAGAUGCGAGCGUUUCGUUUUCAUUUCAAAUGUUUUAUUUUUUUAAUUCAACCCCUAUGGACAAAUGGUAUUUUGCAUCUUUACACUGUUUAAGAUAAGAGUCCUAGAUAUAUGUACGUAUAGAAUAGAUUAAUAAAAUACAUGGUAAGCAAGGUACGGAAUGUAAAUAUCAUUAAGUAGAUAAAUUUAAUGUUAUACUUUGUUCAUAUUAUGUUCAUUUGCUUGAAUAAACGAUUUGGAGAAA